UAUAAAACUUAAUAGCUUACAUCGUAUAAGUAUGACAUCAUUUCACAGUUGUUUGGCUAUUCUAUCACUUUUAUGUACUGGUGGUUGUCUUACAAUUACAGAUGCAAUUGAUGACCAGCCACCUAGUAUUAUCGAAGAGCCUACACCUUUUCAUUGUUCUGAGUCUACUUGUGAUGUUGGUGAUACAGUAACUAUUUACUUUAAAAGACAAGACACAAUAAAGAUACACUGUAAAGCUUCCGGACGACCUGAAGUGACAUAUAACUGGACUAAAGAUGGUGCAAACUUUGAUACAAGUUCAUUGAGAAUAUAUUUAGAGACAGAAGAAGGAACAGUAUUUAUUAAAAAUGCGACUCAAACCGAUCAAGGAGUUUAUCAAUGUUCAGCAACUAACGAUUAUGGUACAUCACUGAGCAAGAGGGCUAAUGUUAUAUUUGCCAACGAUAGGCACUUUAACCGAGUUAGUAACCCGAAAAGAUAUUCCUUGGACGAAUAUCGCCAAUUUUAUCUUAAAUGUAAUCUUCCUGACAUCAUGCCAAAGCACAAAGUGUCCUGGACCUACGAAAACAUUGGUGACUAUCUUACCAACGACAAUUUAUUCGAUCGACAGAAAGAAGUACAAUUGAGUGAAAGAGUUUCGAUGGAUUCUAAAGGGACACUUUAUUUUGCUAAUAUCAGGGAAAUAGAUGGCGGUAAAAUAUACAGAUGUAACACGUACAACUCUAUAUACCGGAAUGUUAAAACAGGAGACGACCACAUUAUCAAUGUAAAUACAAGAAUGAACCCUACUCAAAUUAAACCACAAUUUAUACAUAAUUCUGAGACUAAAGUCGUGGGAUUGAAAGGCGAACAGGCAACGUUCACAUGUAUACUCUAUGGAUACCCAACUCCGGAAAUGAUAUGGAAGAAAAAUGGUGUUGAAAUAGAUGACAGAUCAGGUGUUAUCUUGAAAUCAGGACACGAACUAAUUAUACGUGACCUUGAGUAUGAAGAUACAGGAGAGUAUUCUUGUAAAGGAUUAAAUAUUGUGGGAAGUACCAAUGCACAUAAAUUCCAACUUCUCGUGGAAGCAAGACCUUUUUGGUUGACGAAACCAGUAGAUGUUACAACCAACAUUGGAGAGGACGCAGAAUUUCCUUGUUUGGUGGACGGAAUUCCAACGCCAGUAGUAAAGUGGUUUAUCAACGGCAAACCUAUAGAUGAAAUACCAAACCCUAAGAGAAGUGUAAUGAAAGACCGUUUGGUAUUCAGAAGUGUUACAGCAAGCGAUACACAGGUGAUACAAUGUAAAGCAUCAAACAAACAUGGAUCCCUAAUGGCAGAUGUCUAUCUCAAUGUGUUAGAGAAUAAUUCUGGAAAUAAUGAAGAAGGGAUUCAGUUAACAUCUGAAGUAUUUAAUUGCUAUGCCCUAAACUGUGUAGUUGAUUUUGUUACAUGUUCCAAGGAUUCAACGGACAAUAUUGACAAAUGCAAAGACAUUUAUGGGUUGUGUGUGUCUUGGUGCUCAUCCAAAUCCAAGUAAUUAUUUGUCUUUAACAUUUUCAGUUGUAAAAUAUUAAAACUUGACUAGUUUUAUUUUA